AGCAAUGGCCGCGCUGCUCACCCUCCGGUCGGCGCUGCCGCCGCCGCCGCUGCUGCUGCUGCUGUCCCGGCGACUGCGGCGCCUGUCGCCGACCGUCCGAGGAGCCGCCAGCGCCGGGCCCAGCGCCGGGCCCAGCCCCCGGCCCCGACCGGGGCUCCUCACCCGCUCUCCCCCGACGAGGACGACGCCGCCGCCGCCGCCGAGCGGCUCCGGGACCCGGAUCAGAUCUCUGAACACCAAUGUGGGGCGGUUUGCCCUUGCCGCACAGCAGGAUUCAUUCACUAAAGAUGAGACCGUCCCGUCCAUCCGGGCCAAGCAGUCUGAGCACUUUGACUGGGCUUUGAACAAGCUGGACUCUUCUGUUCGACGAACAGGCCGCAUCACCAAAACACUGCUGCAGAAGAUAUUUCAUGACACUUGUCGAUCAGGCCAUCCCAGCAGCAAUCAAGCUUUGCUCCUGUUACGCAGUUGCGGGUCGUUGCUUCCAGAAGUGCAACUAUCGGAAAGGACAGCUUUAGCUCAUCGGAUCUGGGAGAAGCUGCAGGAGCUCGGGGCUGUUUAUGAUGUCAGCCAUUACAAUGCUCUGUUGAAAGUCUACCUUCAGAAUGAGCACCAGUUUUCACCGACAGAAUUUCUGGCGAAAAUGGAAUCCGCAAAUGUGCAACCAAACCGAGUUACCUUCCAGAGAUUGAUAGCAGCAUAUUGCAGUCAUGGAGACAUUGAAGGUGCAAGUAAGAUUCUUGGCUUCAUGAAGAGCAAAGAUCUACCAAUUACAGAGGUUGUGUUCAAUUCUCUGGUGACUGGACAUGCAAAAGCUGGCGAUUUGCAAAGCGCAGAGGGGGUCCUAACUGUGAUGGCAGAUGCAGGGAUUGAGCCUGGGCCAGACACCUAUGUUGCCUUGUUGAAUGUGUACGCUGACAAGGGAGAUAUUGACAAAAUCAAUCAGACACUGGAGAAAGUUGAAAAGACAGAUGCCAGCCUGAUGGACAGGGAUUUGAUGCAAAUUAUCUUCAGCCUGGCCAAGUCUGGCUACCCCCAGUAUGUCCAGAAUAUUGUGGAGCGGAUGAGACAUGACAGGGGAUAUAUACCAGACGCGAUGAAUCUGUGUCUCAGCCUGAUCACCCAUGGGUUGGAAGACACAGCUUUCCAGGUGCUGAAAACCUUUCCCACAUUUCAAACGGAUUCCCAGAAUGGUGAUUCCUUCAGUCUUGGUAACUUCUUUAUCCGACACUGCAUUAACUCAGACAAGCCGUUGGACAAGGUGCAGCAGUUCUGUGAGGGGUUGAAGGAGGCGAACCUACAUUUGGCCCCUUUCCAGUUCGCUCUUCACUGCGCUUUGGAGGCUAAGAAGACUGGAAUAUCAAUUGAGCUCAUGAAGAUUAUCCAGAAGGAAAACCUACCUAUUCGGCCUCAUUAUUUCUGGCCUCUACUUGCAGCGCAUCAGAAAGAAAAAAAUGUGCAAGGCACCUUGCAGGUACUGAAUGCUAUGCAGGAGCUGGGAGUGGAACCAGAUGUGGAAACCUACACAAACUAUGUGCUGGGAUCAUUUGACAGCAUUGACAUGGCUCGUACCCAGCUUGAGGAAAAUGGAUGUCCAAUUAACAAGGUUGGAUUUUAUGCAUCAGAACUUAGGGCAGAAUCUGUAAAUGGACGAUUAGACAAUGUUUAUUCUAUGUUAUCUUCGCCUCAUAAUCCUGCAGUGGACCUAAAUAGUUUCCGAGGAGCCCUUAUUUUAGGAUUUAAAAGGUCCGGUGACAUCAAUUUGCUGUGCAUGAUAACAGAAUUGUUGUACAAAGAUGAACGUUAUUGCCAAAACCCUCCAGGACCCACUGAGACCAUUGGCUAUUUUCUUUAUAACUUGAUUGACAACAUGAGCGACUCUGAGGUUCAGGCCAAGGAGGAACAUUUGAGACAAUACUUCCAUCAGCUGAAGAAGAUGGGCAUCGUAAUCCCAGUAAAUAUCUACAGAGGAAUUCGAAAUGUGCUGGACUCUUAUCACAUGCCUGAGUUAAUCAAGGAUAUCCUCUUAUUGGUGGAUGAGCAGGAUAAGCUGACUGCUACUGACCUCCCAAAGGGAUCUGAAGCUAAAAUCUCUGCUUUAGAAGAAAAUAUGGCACAGCUAAAAGCAGAGAACCAGCCCGUCGGAGAGUUGUUGAAACAACUGAUACAGAUGCUCUGCAGUACUGAGAAUAUGCAAAAAGCCCUCGAAGUAAAAGCCCAGUACGAAUCGGACAUGGUUAUUGGUGGCUACGCUGCACUAAUAAAUCUCUGCUGUCGACAUGAUAAUGCAGAAGAGGCACUGAACCUGAAACAAGAAGUGAACCGCAAAGAUUCCUCGCUUGCCCUUGACGUAAAUAAGUACUUGGCACUUGUGAAGGUCCUAUCCAAACAUGGUAAAUUGGAAGAUGCUAUUAACAUCUUAAAGGAGAUAAAGGAGAAAGAGGUUGAUUUAAGGGAUAUGACGACAGCUUCCCUCUUCCAUAUCCUUAACGCCGCAGCCAUGCGAGGGGACAAGGCGGCAGUGACACAGCUACACGAGGCGAUCAUCAACUUGGGGUUCGCCAAACCCACGAGCAACCUGUGUUCUCCGCUGAUCACAGUCGAUCUCGAGAAGGGGGAUUUCUCCUCUGCACUAGAUGGAGUUAUCGAUUGCUUCAAGAAAUACAAUCAGAUGCCUCGGCUUCACGACGUUCUGUGCAGACUGGUGGACCAGGGAGACACGGGCCUCUUGCAGAAAGCGAUGGACUUUGUGAACCAGGAGCGAGGUGAAAUGACGAUGUUGUACGACCUCUUCUUUGCCUUUCUUCAGACGGGAAAAUACAAAGAGGCCCGAAAAAUCAUUGAGACUCCGGGCCUCAGAUCACGUCCGGGGAGGCUUCAGUGGUUUGCGGAUAAGUGCACAGCCAUGAACCAGGUUGAAGCGCUUGAGAACAUGGUGCAAAUGACUGAGAAGCUAUUUGAGUGCGAUCGAGACCAGAUGUACUUCUACCUGCUGAGGUUUUUCAAGGAAAAUAACGAUUGGCGAAAAGCUGAUGCAACGUGGACCAAAAUGCAGGAGGAGAAUGUGAUACCACGAGAACGUACCCUCCGAUUACUGGCUGAAAUUCUCAAGAGCAACGGUCAAGAAGUCCCGUUCGAAGUUCCUGAGACAUGGUACGAGGAGGCAGUGACAUUUACCUCGCCUGCCCCGCCAGCCUCUAACAGGAACAGAGCUGAUUUUACUCCCAGUGACCUUGAGCACAGAAUACAUGUCCUUUGUAAGAAGAACAGUGUUCGAGAGGCUCAUCAGGUUUUCCUGGAAGCUGAAAAGAAGGGACUGGUGCUCAGCUUAUCUGCUUAUUCUGCUCUCCUGAAGACUUUACUGAGCGAUGGGCUUUUGGAGGAGGCCAUGAAUGUGAAAAGCAUAGUUGAGACCCGCAUCAAGGGCUUUACACUGAACGACGCUGCCAACAGCCUACUCAUCAUAACGCAAGUUAGGCGGGAUAAUCUGAAAGAAGCGAAAACGACACUGACUGAAAUGCUGAAAGCUGGACAAGUACCGAGCCAGCUAUCUGUGACACGACUCGUCCAGGCCUUUGGUUCGAAGGGGGAUGUGGAUCACAUUAAUUUUCUGGAGAGGACCAUGCAAGACCUGGGACAGUCCAUCCAUUUGUCCAAAAUGCUCUUUAUCAAUAACCUGCUGUUGGCUCACAUUAAGAAUAAUAAUAUUGAUGCAGCAGUUGAGUAUGUGGAGCCACUCUAUAUGCCGGGAGAAAAUCACCCUCAGCAAGUAACAAGUAUGGCCUACGUGUUCCGAAGGAUUUUGGAAGAAAAGUGUGAAGAUGCGGUGGACAAAUUGAAUGUCAUGGCUGAACGAUUGGCCAACCACUUUGGUGUGUAUGGUCCGAUAACUGAUCUCUUUCUGCAGUUUCUUGACAUUGGCAGAACAGAGGAUGCCAGACUCCUCUUGGAGAGGUGUCCAGGGAUUGCAGAACAGAAGAAGAAUUUGAUUUCAUACAUGGCCAAGACUUCACAGAAACCCAGACAGGUUCAGAAGAUCAAAGGACUUUUUGACCUGGUGAAAGAUUUCUCAGAGAAGGAAACCGUUUACUCGUACCUCAUGAAAUGCCAUGCGAUCGACAAUGACGUGGCUUCUGCCAAGGCUCUGUACGAAAAGGUUAAGGAAGAAAAUGUGGUGCCAGACGAGCUGUUUCUCAAGCGGUUUGCCCUGUUACUGAGGGGAGCAAACGAGCCCAUACCUUUCUCUGAACCCCCUGAAAGCUUCAAAUUCUACGCUGACAAGUUGAAGAGAGAGAAGAAUGAGCAGACUACUGUUUGAAAUCCAAACUUAUUCCGACGUUUUUUUUAACGUACCUGUCCAGAAAUUCCCAAAUGAACGAAUGUUUUCGAGUGCUUCCGGGAUUGAUGACUGCUCCGUGUUUGACUGUACAGAAGUAUUUAAUGUGGAAAAUAAAGAUUCGAACAAGCCUGAAA